AUCACCUGCAACAUCCUCAUUCAAAUUUAGUGAAAAUGAUGAUAAGUUAGGAGAUGAUACUAGAGGUGAAUCAGGAGUAGGAGUCUAAGACUCCGAUGAUAUAUAAGAAGAGCCUUGCUUUCGAACUUUUUUACUUCCAGCAUCGACAUCUUUAAACUUCUCAAAAUCCUUCAUCAUAUCCCACACAUGAUUAAAUUUAAAACCUUUUUUGUGGUCCGGAUCUUGCAUAAGUAAACAUUUUGCUUGAUUAAUCUGCAAUAUUUUAGAAAAACAAUUGAAGGGAAACUGUAAGUAAAUACAUACAAAUAAAGUAUAAAAUUUUACAAAAUAAAUACUCAUAAUAUCUUUAUCUGAAGCAUCACUAGGAUGCAAAUUUUCAACUUGACGUACACAACCAUUUAAUUUUCUUAUAGCCUUCUCAAUAACUUUCAUUCCAACGAUCUUUUGUUGCGAUACUCCCAACACUCAUCCUUUGCACUAUUGCACCCAUCUUCCACUCGACCCCAAAAAUUAUCUCUAGAUUGAUUUAUACCCGUUAUUGGAUCUUGAGAUACAUCUAAAUAAACUUGGUAUAAUUCCAUAUCUUCAUUGGUAGAGUAUCCUGUAGAUCGGGUAGACAUUUUUUGUAAGUGAAUAGAUGAAAAGUGGAUUAUAUGGUUAAAGAAAAACUAAAGCCAAUUUCGUAUGAAUGGGUAUUUUGGGACUUGACUAUAUGUAGAUAAAAGUAGAGCCAAACUAGGAUAGAUUUCAUCUUGAUCUGAACUGUUGAAUGGAUUUCAUCCUAAUCUCAACCGUCGGAUGGAUUUCAUCCUUAUCUCAACCGGAUAAUAAUAGGAUAUAUUUCAUCUUGAUCUCAACCGUUGAAUGGAUUUCAUCCUAAUUUCAACCGUCGGAUGGAUUUCAUCCUUAUCUCAGCCGGAUAAUAAUAGGAUAGAUUUCAUCUUAAUCUCUACCGUUGAAUGGAUUUCAUCCUAAUCUCAACCGUCGAAUGGAUUUCAUCCUUAUCUCAACCGGAUAAUAAUAGGAUAGAUUUCAUGUUGAUCUCAACCGUUGAAUGGAUUUCAUCCUAAUCUCAACCGUCGGAUGGAUUUCAUCCUUAUCUCAACCGGAUAAUAAUAUGAUAGAUUUCAUCUUGAUCUCAACAGUUGAAUGGAUUUCAUCCUAAUCUCAACCGUCAGAUGGAUUUCAUCCUUAUCUCAACCGGAUAAUAAUAGGAUUUCAUCCUAAUCUAUAAAUAUGAACAUCAUUUAGAUAAUCCACGCUAUAAUGAUGGUAUGUUUCGUCGUCGAUAUCGGAUGUCCCGGAAUUUGUUUCUUCGUGUUGUUGAUGCAAUUAAAGCUCAUGAUACGUACUUCGAACAACAUGCUGAUGCGAUGGGUAGAUUUGGUUUAUCUAUUGUACAAAAAAUCACAGUUGUGUUUAGAAUGUUGGCAUACGGCUUGCCAGCGGAUGCCACUGACGAAUAUGUGAAAAUUGGAGAGUCAACUGCAAUUGAAAGCAUGAAGAGAUUUUGUCGAGCUAUCGUAGAGGUUUUUGGCCAGCAGUAUCUGAGAUCACCAACAGCUAACGGUGUUGCAAGGCUUCUUCACAUCGGUGAGCAACGUGGUUUUCCAGGAAUGCUAGGUAGUCUAGAUUGCAUGCAUUGGAGAUGGAAAAAUUGUCCAACAGCAUGGGCUGGACAAUAUGCAGGUCGUAGUGGAUCUCCAACAAUAAUUCUUGAAGCUGUAGCUGAUUAUGACCUUUGGAUAUGGCAUGCAUAUUUUGGUAUGCCCGGCACCAAUAAUGACAUUAAUGUUUUAGAAUCGUCACAUCUGUUUUCCAAUCUUGCUAAAGGUAUUGCUCCUCCCGCCCGUUAUGUUAUUCAAGGAAACAAAUAUGAUGUGGGUUAUUAUUUAUCUGACAGUAUAUAUCCAAAAUGGUCUACAAUUGUGCAAACCAUUCAAGAGCCACAAUCUCAAAAGAAGAAAUAUUUCGCGACGAAACAAGAAUCAUGUCGAAAAGAUGUUGAACGUGCAUUCAGAGUUUUGCAAUCUUGUUUUGCAAUUAUUGCAGGGCUGUCGCGUUUUUGGAGAAAAGAAGUGCUACAUGAUAUAUUAACAUCGUGUAUUAUACUGCACAACAUGAUAAUCGAGGAUGAGCGUGAUCUUAAUGCACCAAUUUAAGAUGCUUGGGAAGGUCCAACUCCAACAGUAGAAAUGGUAGUAAAUGAAAAUUAUCGAUUUGAACAAUUUUUAGCUCGACACAAAAAAAUUAAGAACAAAGAUGCUCGUUUUGCACUUCGUAAUGCAUUAGUAGAGCAUUUAUGGGAGCAACGUACUAAUCAUGGAAGUUGAAUAUUUAUGUAGAAAUUAAAAUAAAUUCUACCUUAAUGUAAUAGCAUUUAUUUAAUUAUAUUUUAUCAAUGAUUUCACUUUUAUUUGAA